AUUUUUGUUUCUGGAAAGGGUGACAGAGUGAGACAUCACUGUUUGAUCAUAUCUGAGAGAGAGACAGAGAGAGAGAGAGAGAGAGACAGAGAGGGGGAGACUGACUGCUCCUCACCAAACCUUCAUCUUCAUAUGUGUCACCUGAAAUGGAAGCAGCAUUGAAGAGAGGAGGAAGAGGAGAGUAUCACCAGUACGCCAAGAGGCUCCGGACUGAUGAAGAGGAGGAGCGGCAGCAGGAGGAGGAGGAGGAGGCAGUGAGGAGCAGAGAGGAGGACAGUGUGGAGGACAGCCACUGCGUCCCCCCGUCCCCUGUUGUCCACGUGCGAGGACUGAGUGACGUGGCGGUGGAGGCAGAUCUGGUGGAGGCCCUGGAAAAGUACGGCAGCAUCUGCUACGUGAUGAUGAUGCCGUUUAAGCGUCAGGCUCUGGUGGAGUUCGACAGCGCGGCGAGCGCUGAGCGCUGCGUGACGAGUGGAACACGCGAGGCCGUGCACGUCGCCGAGCAGCGGGCGUUCUUCAACUUCUCCACCAGCCAGAGAAUCAGCAGACCGACCAACGCAGACGACCCCACCAGCAGGAACAAGGUUCUGCUGCUCUCCGUCCAGAACCCGCUGUACCCCAUCACCACCGACGUCUUGUACAGUGUGUGUAAUCCCGUUGCUAACGUCCUGCGCAUCGUCAUCUUCAGACGUAGCGGCGUCCAGGCCAUGGUGGAAUAUCCUGACACUGUCUUGUUCAUGUUUGAGUCGGUGGCAGACGCUCACAAGGUCAAACUGACUCUGAACGGAGCCCACAUUUACACCAAGUGCUGCACAAUGAAGAUAGAGUACGCCAGGCCCAACAGACUGAACGUCACCCGCAAUGACAACAACAGCUGGGAUUACACACACUUCCUGCUGCAGAGAGAGCAGGGGAAGGGGAGACAGUGUCGCUCCAUCCUGGGAGAUCAUCCAUCCCAUAACUAUGGUCCACACUGCCCCCUGCUGCCCGCCCCCUCUAACAGCAGGUACAGGAGGAGCAGUGAACAGAUGAAGGACAUGAUGUCCUCCCCUCUGCUCUGCCCUCAAACGUCCUCCUCCUCCUCUCUCCUGGGCCAAGCCUCCAGCUCUGUUGCCAUGGUGAGCGGCCUCCACGUCGCCCAGAUGAACUGCAGCCGCGUCUUCAACCUCUUCUGUCUCUAUGGAAACGUGGAUAAGGUGAAGUUCAUGAGAAGCGUUCCCGGCACGGCGCUGGUGGAGAUGAGCGACGAGUUUGCAGUCGUCCGAGCGGUGACUCACCUGAACAACGUCAAGGUGUUCGGCCAAAAACUCAACGUCUGUGUGUCCAGACAGCGCGCAGUGAUCCCCAGUCAGGUGUUCGACCUGGCCGACGGCAGCGGCAGCUACAGAGACUUCAGUCUGACCAGGAACAACCGCUUCAGCAGCGCACACGGAGGACGCAACGUCAUCCAGCCGCCCACUGCCAUCCUGCACUUCUACAAUGCCCCGCCCACCCUCAGUCAACACCAGCUGCAGCAGCUCUGUGAUGAACACAACGUUCCCGCCUUCACCAGGUUCAAGGUCUUCGAUGGCAAAUCCAGUUCAAAGACUGUCUCAGGACUGUUGGAGUUUGACAGCAGAGCUGAAGCAGUGGAGACUCUCGUCGUCCUCAACCACCAUCAGAUCAAAAUACCCAACAGCUCCACCCCCUUCACCCUGAAACUCUGCUUCUCCACUUCCUCCCGUCUGUGAGCCGCAAACCAAGAUGGUCGCCACAGUCAAAGUGGAAUGUGUAAAGCAGGAAGUGAUGUCAUUUUAAUAACAUGUUUGUUUGUUUGUUUUUUUAAACUGUGGUUUGUAUGAGGUGAGCUGUGUGAGCGCCCCCAGCAUCAGACAGUUGAGGCUCAUCCUCAGUGAAAACAUGGCUGCAAUUUAGGACACGAGGAAAAGUCGCUCCCUGCAUCAAGACCCCGUGUGGUCACUUUGUGUCACUGAAGUUAAAGUGAAUGUAGGUUUUCAAAUGCCGAAUUGGAAAAAUAAGACAUUUGAACUUAGUGAUGGGGGCAGCAGUGGAUCAACAACUGUGUGUGUGUGAUGUUAAAAUCACUGAUUUUCUCUAUGGGGUUUGGUGUGGGAGAGUGAGUGGUUUACAAACAUCAGUUUCCUGUCUAACAGUGAGAUAAAGACUUGGACAUAUGACGUAUAUAUCACAGUCUUUUGUUUAGUCAAUAAAAAUAUCUCUGUUUGAGAGUGAGCUUCUGUUUCUCAGCAGCAGAGUCAACAUUUCAAAUAAGCUGAAUUGUCUCAGGCCCUGUGAUGAACUGGUGAACUGUCCACAGUAACCUCCCCCCCCCCCCCCAUUGGCAGCUGCGCCCCCUGUGAACGUUUUGUGGAGGAUAACACGGUAGAAGAUGAAUGAAUUAAUACAUUUAUGAUCUCAUUGCUGUAACAUGACCUGUCAAAAAUAAGAGCGAAACUGUAAAAUGUAUUUUUAUUUGAAUGUAAAAGUUUUAAAUACAUAGAUAAAAUGUUUAUUUUUCAUAACAGGAAUAAAAUGUUACAUUAAUAAUAUUUCUAUUGUUUUUUUUAAUGAUCUGAGGUCAGAGUUUGAAUCUGAAGCCCUCUUUAGAUGACAUCAUCACAGGAAGAGUCAGCUGACAAAAAAAUCCAUUCUCCACAGAGACGGUCACAAGCUUUUAAAGACGAGUUCUGAUUCUCAGUGGCACAGACAAUGUGAAAGAAAACAUGGUUGCCACGGUAACGGCAAGGGCAUUGGCUG